AUGGCCAUUGACGGCAGAGUGAGAAAAUCUCCUAUUCCCUUCAAAUCGCUGGCUCCUCAAAGAGAACAGUUCCUGAAUACAGCAGUGAAGGUGCUGGAAAAAAUCAUCCAGAUAUCGCCGAACUCAACGAGAGCCCGCCUCUACCUUGGUGACAUUUAUUCUGGAGGUAUCCACCCUGGCGUGCUGCCCCGAAACGAGUCCAAAGGAUACAAGCUUUUCUAUGACGCUGCUACGAAACAGGACGACCCAGUGGCUUGCUACAGAGUGGCUUGCUGUUUGGAAUCGGGAGUUGGCUGCACCAAGAACGUGGAGCAGAGUUGUCGGUUUUUUGAAAAGGGAGCCCGACUGGGAGAUCCUUCGUCAAUGUGCCAACUUGGAAUGCUGUAUUUUGCUGGAGUAAACGGCUUCCCGCUGGACAUCAACAAAUCGAUUUACUGGCACGAAAGGGCUUGCCAGGCACUCAAGGAUCCAGACAUCAUGGGCUCGGAUCCUUUGGUCUCAGCGAGAUCGUUUAGCGACUCGCCCAAAUUGGAGCAUCGCGAGUCGCAAGCGUCUCUUGGGUUCUACUAUGCUCAAGGAUUUUUCCCCACCGCUCAUUUUAAGUCUGACAAGGAGUCUAUGGGGGGAAUUCCUGCUGCAAAAGACGCCAGACGGUCCAUCUACUGGUUCUCAAAAGCUGCAGCCGAUAAUCAUCCAUACUCUGCUCUGGGACUGGCGAAAUGGUAUGGAUCCGGCGCCCCAGGAGUGCUAAAAAAAGACGAUCAACAAGCGUUUUUGUGGGGCCGCAAAGCUGCUGACGAAGGCCAGCUGGCAGAAGCUGAAUUUAUGAUCGGUUUGUGCUUUGAGCAAGGUUUUGGUGUGCAAAAGAAUAUCCAGUCUGCCAUUUCGUAUUACAAGCGAAGCGGGGCCAAGGGCUACAAGCGGGCGCUCAGCAAGCUGAAACAAUUUAAAGAGCAAGGUAUGGAGGGACAGUACUGA